AUGGCAAAGGAGUAUCAAUUCCACUGGAGACCGCCGAUACCCCAUACGUUGACGCAGGGCACCCUUUUCGACAAGUAUGAAGAUGACAGCACAUGCCUGGAGCUGAACGCGCUGGUGCGGGUGGACGAGUAUGGGUUCUACCUGCACUGGAUGAUCGAUGGCCGCGACGCGUUUGUUCUUGAUUUGGCGCAGGUAUGGGAAGCCCGCCCGGCCGGCCAGCCGAAAGACGGUCGCGUCGCGUUCGAGCUGGACCAAAGGGGGCCACCGAGGGAGACACUUGAGGAACGGACUGUCUGGAUCACUUUUGGGCAGGACCUCGUCAACGUGCAGUCCAUCUAUUUGGUGGCCCAGGAUGUGGAAACAGCAAAGAUCUGGCGCUCCGGCCUCAACGACAUUCUGGCCCGCCUCAAAAUCAAGCACGUCUGCCCGACGACGAGCCUCAUGAAAUACUGGCGUUUCCUGUGCCUGUCGCUGAACGACCGGCGGAAGAUUCCGAUCAAGAACAUCAUCCGGUUGUUCGCUUCCGGAAAACCGGAAAAGAUGGUCCACAAGUGUUUGUGUGAUCUCGGGCUGGGCGGCGAUAAGUACAUCAUCCCCCGUGCACUCAAGAAGGGCCUCGGCAGCAAGGUACGCGGCUUCUACAAGUGCAGCAAGGGCGCCAGGAAGCGAAAGGAGCGAGAGGAGCUGGAUGUUGACCUAUUUACUUUCGAGAAAUUCUUGCGGCUAUACCACAAGAUUUGCCCGAGAACCGACGUGCAGGAGCUGUUCGUCAAACUCUCUGGCCAAAAGGAGUACCUGACAAAGGAGCGGCUGAUCCACUUUCUCAACGAGGAGCAGCGCGAUCCUCGGCUCAAUGAGAUCCUGUUCCCCUUCUUCGACAACGACCGCAUCCACACACUAAUAGCCAAGUACGAGACCGACGACAACUACGUUGCCAAUGGGAAAAUGUCCGGGGACGCGUUCCUGCGGUUUCUGCUGUCCGACGAGAAUGCGCCGGUAUUCCUGGAUCGGAUAGAAUUGCAUCAGGAUAUGGAUCAACCACUAUGCCACUACUUGAUUAAUAGUUCUCAUAACACUUACUUGACGGGUCGACAAUACGGUGGAAAAUCUUCUGCAGAGAUUUAUAGACAGGUACUCCUCUCGGGUUGCCGGUGCAUCGAACUGGACUGCUGGGACGGCACUGGCGAAAAUAAGGGCGAACCGAUCAUCACCCACGGCAAAGCCAUGUGUACAGACGUGUUUUUUAAGGACGUACUGUACCAAAUCCGCGACACGGCCUUCAUGAGGUCGGAAUUCCCGGUGAUUCUCUCCUUCGAGAACCACUGCUCCAAGAGCAACCAACUCAAAAUGGCCAAAUAUUGCUGCGACAUCUUUGGCGACAUGCUGCUGUCGAAACCGCUCGACGAAUCGGCGUUGGACCCCGGCGUCCCGUUGCCCUCGCCGAACCGGUUGAAGCGCAAGAUUUUGAUCAAGAACAAACGGCUGAAACCGGAGAUCGAGAAGCAUCAACUCGAGCAGUUUUUGAGAGAGGGCAAGCUCGACGAGGACGAGGAGCUGAACGAGACGCCGGACGUCGUCGGCGAGGACGCCGUAUCUCCUCAUGUUGGCGUGGCCGAGGCGGGCGAUACGUCCGACGAGGAGGAGCCGUCCUCCUCGGUGUCGUCGGCCCGGCACUCGGGUGCAUCUGGCACUCCGAUGGGGCGUCUCCAGAAGGAAGGGACGACGAAGAGCCCGCGGUUCUCCCUGCGCAACGCGUCCUCCUCAUCCGCGUCGCCACGCACCCUGCCGCCGCAUUGCCUAGCAUCCGACCAGCGUGCCCAUCCCGAGCGUGAGUCUACCCUGGUGACCGCUUCAUUGUCUGCCUCGGCUUCUGUGGCAUCGUGUCUCUCACCGUCUGUCCCAUCGAUACACACCUCUGGUGGAGGAGGUGGACAAGCAGAAUCCGGUAGCAAGGACGCCGACGAGGCGCACCCCGAGCUGAAGCAGAACACCAAUUUUAUGGCCAAGCUGAAGCCGUUCACCAAGAAACAGCAGGUGUUGACGAAGGAAGAGGAAGAGCGGAUAUUUGCCGAGUACCACUAUACGGGAGAAUAUUACACGGGUGCAACAACGAAUAUCCAUCCGCUUCUCUCCUCACUCGUCAACUACACGCAUCCCGUCAAAUUCUCCGGUUUCGACGUCGCCGAGCAAAACAACCUCCACUUCCACAUGUCGUCCUUCUCGGAGUCGACGGGUCUCGGCUAUCUGAAAUCGUUUGCCCCCGAGUUCGUCAACUACAACAAGCGCCAGCUGAGCAGAAUCUACCCAAAGGGAGCCCGGGUCGAUUCCUCCAACUUUUUGCCUCAAAUUUUCUGGAACGCCGGUUGCCAGAUGGUGUCGCUGAACUUCCAGACGCCCGACGUCUACAUGCAGCUGAACCAGGGAAAAUUUGAAUACAACGGCAACAGCGGAUAUUUGCUCAAGCCCGACUUCAUGCGACGACCCGACCGGUCGUUCGACCCGUUCUCCGAGAGUCCAGUGGACGGGGUGAUUGCCGCGCAUUGCAGUGUUCGGGUAAUCUCCGGACAAUGGGUAUGCGAGCGAAAAGUGGGCACCUACGUGGAGGUGGAAAUGUACGGACUGCCGACAGAUACCAUCCGGAAAGAGCACCGCACAAAAAUCAUACCUGCCAACGGCCUCAACCCCGUCUACAACGAGGAACCCUUCGUUUUUAGAAAGGUGGUGCUCCCCGAGCUGGCCGUGCUCCGCUUUGCCGUCUACGAUGAAAACGGGAAACAGCUUGGGCAGCGGAUUCUGCCACUUGACGGAUUGCAGGCUGGAUACAGGCACAUCUCCCUGAGGACGGAGACGAACCAGCCGAUGUGCUUGCCGACGCUGUUCGUCCACCUCGUGCUGAAGACGUACGUCCCCGACGAGCUGUCCAGCCUUGUCGAUGCCCUCGCCGACCCUCGAGCCUAUUUGUCGCAGCAGCAGAAACGGCAAGAAGCCCUCCAUCAUAUGGGUGUCGAGGAUAGCGAUAUCGUCGAAGUGAUGCCAGUGAAAGCGGGCGCCGGCGCAGCGAAGAACAAGACGCUCCAAAAGACGAACGGCUCGGCGGCAAAUCUCCUCAAUGAAAACCAACCCCAAACCUCGACGCGCAGCACCCAACAAGACGGUCAGACGCCGACGAACUCGGCGCGGACGGCAAAUGACGUGCCCGAUCGAUUCAAGGUGGACCCGAUCGGGGUGGAAGAGCUGAAGAAGGACAAAAACUUCCAAAAAAUGGCCAAGAAACACGCGAAAGACCUCGAGGAGCUGAAGCGGAAACAGCAGCAACAACAGCAGAAAACCCAAAAGCAGCAGAUGCGCUCGCUGGUGUCAAACCAAACGGACGAGUGGUCGGGGCUGAUGCGAAAGCACGAGCAGGAAGAGUUCGAGAUGCGCAAGGCCCACAUCAGGGAGCAGUACGAUCUGUUGAGAAAGCUAAUGUCGAAGGCGCAAGAAGUGCAGAUGGCCAGUCUAAAGAAGCGGCUGGCAGCAGAGAGCACAGAGAUGACAGACUGUCAGACAAAGAAGAGCAUGGUAGACAUCAAGGCCCUGCAGAUGGACAAAGGCAUCAAAACGAAGGCCGAGCGAGAUCGACGCGUCAAGGAGCUGAACGAGAAGAACGUGAAGCUGUUCAUCGAAGAGCGGAAGCGGCUGACAAUCAAGGCCCAACGCCACGAAGAGCAACUGGCCAAGCGACAUCAGGACCAGAAUGACGAGCUGAAUCGAGAGGAGCAAAGAGCCCUCGAAGCCGAAGAAGCCAACCACAAGGAAGAGCAGCUGGCCUCGCGGCCCGAGUCUGUCGUC